AACACUCAACGAACACUCACUUCCGGUCCGGCAUUUUGGUUGAAAUCUUAUGGAAAAAUUGGGUGUUUAUCUAUACAAACAUUAGAAGACGUUGAGCCAUGAGCUUUUGCUGUGAAGCCCAGAAGCAGCGAUCCUGCGAUUGUCCGCCAGGUUUGACUGUGGAGAAGGAUUGCCGGGCUCCUUUCUUCGAUAUGCUGGGUCCGCAUCCGGAUGAGGUGAUCAUGACGAUCCUGGACCGCAUCCUCUACCUUUCGGGAGCCACAAAGAUAAUUCCCAUGCUGGAGCUGUCGGGAUUGUCGGGACUUGGAUCAGCUCCCAAGAGCGAGUGCGGUCCACCUCCAACGAACAGCGGACCAUGCCUUUGCAGCUCGGCCUGCAGCUCGGCUCGUCCUUCGUCGUCGGCGUGGUCUACUUGCUGCUCACAUACACCAAGUAGCUGUUGCACCAAACCGCCGAGCAGUUCCUGCAGCCGCAAGGUUCCUCUAGUGCCCUGCAAUCAGAAGUCCUGCAAUCAGAAAUCCUGCUGCCUCAAGCUUUCGAGUCGUCUAGGCGCCGCAGCCUGUUGUCCUCGGCAGCGAACUCCCAGGGUGGACUUCGACCAUCCUGCCGAGAUCAUCCCGAUCCGAAAAAGGGCCGGAAUGAGUCCGGUUAAGGAGCGUUUCGACCGAUCCAUUUCCACUUGCUCAGUGGCCUGUGAGCAGCUGAAAACGAAGCUCAAGACCCAGGAAUCUCCGGCCGAAAAGGAUCAAAAGUGGCUGUGGACUCGACUGGUUCACGGUAAGGAUGGCUGCAUGGUUUACGAGGUGUACAAGGACUCCGAUGGGAACAACUCGCCCUCCAGGAUCGGAUCGGAAUCACCCAUCAUCCUGUUUCUGGUCAUGCCCAACGGUUGCAUCAUGCCCUUCGAGUCCAUUUGUAGCCCGUAAGAGUUGGUUUGUGACUUUUUUUAUAUUUUGAGAACAAUUUAAAGUACACGCCUCACCCAUAUUUUUUUAGAAA